GAAGGAAAGGAAAUAACGAAAUGGAGCAUAGCCAAACAAGGCUUAACAGGUGGCACCAGGUAUUUUCCUCCUGCAGUCCUAUUCCUGCUCUGUCCAGCACUGACACACACAUACUGUACUGCACUAUUUACUCGCAGUCUCUCGCUCGCUCUCUCUCGAGCUACAAAGAGAGGAAAACAAAGCAAGAAAAAGGAGGAGUAAUUCUUGAAAAUGUUGAGCAGCAAAAACCCAAAAUCAGAAUCCGGAAAGCAGCAGCUGCUCUCUAAAAUACUGAGAGCUUCGGUUUCGGAAAAGCUUAAGGACUUACUUGGAGACAUCCCAGAACUAAAUGAAGAAGAAGAUAAUAAUGAUGUCAUCCAAGACCUAUCUGAGUAUGUAACUCUGCUUAUUUCUAAUGGGAAGACACAAAAUCAGGCAAAAAUCCAGUUGGAGCCAUUUCUUGGUGAUGCCAAUACUGCCCUUUUUGUUUCUUGGCUCUGGGAAUUUCUUUCCAAAAAUUAUAUGAAUCCGAAUGCAUCAUCAGAUGUUGAAAAUGCCACUGGUGAUGGUAAUGCUACUGGCAAGAAGCAGGCAAGCAAGAGUAGUCUUAUAAAGCCUUCAGAUGAUUCUAAGCAACUUUCCGAAGGUGUCAAGUGCCCGGAUGACGACGACUUAUCUUCGGAGUCUUUGGAGGAGGGAGAGCUGCCAAGAACUGACCAUGAAUCUAUCAAAGAGUUUGAAGAGUCGGAAAUUGGUUAUGGGGAGUCCUUAAAGUGCACAUCUUCUAGAGUGGAGGCAUGUAGUGGAGAUUUGGGUGUUGGUGGUGAAGAAAGCACCCCGCACAAGAAGGUUUAUACAAGAAGCCUUCGGUGUAAGAAACUUGAUGUGGCUAAUGUUGCUGGGAGGAGGCUUUUCACUAGGGCAGCAGCUGAUGCAAUACUUCAUCAGCGUGCAAGGGUGCAUGGUACCGUGUGGGACAGACUGGGAAAGCUACCUGAAGGUGGAAAUUGUGCAAAUGCUGACAUGAAAGGCGUUGAAAAGAUCAAAGAGGAAGUAUUUAAAUGUUAUGGAGAAAGUACCGAACGAAAUCAUUCAACACGUUCUCUUCAUGGUCGUAAAUUCUGUGGAAGAUUGUCAGAAAAUUUUGACAUCAAGACUGGAGCGAGUAAAGAUGGUCACAAGAGACAAUUCAGUGAUAUAAAUUAUCAUCAAUCUGGUGUUUCCGAUUCUAUGGAUGGGGAAGAAGCAUUUAUUAAAAAGGCGAGAAGAUUGUUGCCUGAAGAAGAUAAUGGUGUGCUGGGUGAGAAUAGUGUUUCUUCAGGAGCUGAAACACCGAAAAGCCAAAAAAUGGGUAAUGCAUCUAGCUCUAAUGCUUCGACUAGUUCAAAGUUAAAGAAAAUGCCCAAAGAAAGAUUGAGUGGGGAGAUUUUGGAGUCUCCUGUGACUGCAGUUUCAUGUAGUACUCCUGUGACUGAGAAACCUUCUUGUAAGGACAAUAGCAAUGCAACUGCCAAUCUCAAGCCCGUGCACAAUCAACUGAUGGAUAUGAAACUAAGACUGGAGCAUCUUGAAACGGAAAUUGUUAAGCUCCAAUCGAAGAACGUAGAGAAAAAAGAACAAAGUUCAUCUAAAUCUGGUUCCAUUUAUCAUCUCGAGGGGGAUGAAUCAAGAACUGUAGUCGUGAAAAAUGUGCAUAUUGCAGCAACUAGAGAAGCCCUAAUAUCCUACUUUGCUAAGUGUGGAGCUGUCGAUAGAGUUAUUAAACUGACUGACACAGUUGGCAUUAAACAAAAAGCGUAUGCCUAUGUUACUUUUACCAGCAAGCACUCGGCAGACAAAGCACUGGCAUUGAGUGGGGAAUCUUUCUUUUCCCAGAUCAUAUGGGUCAGAAGGACAGGGAAGCUAUUAGAGAAGUCCAGAUGCACCCCUCAUAUUGGAAGGGGAGACUGUUCCACCACUACUGCUCCCAUCUACAGUGGCAGCAGCAGCAGAAGGCCUACAAAGUAUACGCUUUAGUGACAAUAACUGCAUAUGAGAAACCUAGAGCUCUGGAAAUGCAAUUAUCCACUUAACAAACUGCAUAUUUUCCUGCGUUCUUCAGGUUGCAAUAAGCAACUUCAGUCUUCAGGUGUACGGAUUGUUAGAAAGUAAUCGUCUUUAGACUUAGAGGGUAUUGACAAGAGGAUGGCCUAUUUGACAAUCUGUUUACUGCAGUAGUUUUUGUUCCCGACUUCGGAUAUAGUAGUUCAAAUCAUGCCAGUAAAGAAAUACGUCUUUGUGGAAGUUUCAAGCAAUUUUGCUAAUCCCAAGAAAGGGCAAAAAAUUCAAGUUGCCAGUCGUGCGGACAAACAAUGCAAUUUGACUGCCAAUGUGCUUUGGAUGCCCCCAACGGAGCUUGUACAGGUGAAGCCCCCAGGGACAUUUUUACUUGAAUUGCAUAAUCGUCUUUCGUACAC